GAGGCAUUCUUAUACUUUUAAAGAUUAACUUUCUGAGUGUAAACUCGACUACAAAUACUAUUGCAUCUUCCAUUUCUGUUCUCAUUUCUGGAGGUAGUGUCAUUGGGGCUCUGAGAAAUUUUGUAUCUUCUAAUUCUGCUUCUGAUUCAGAGAAUCAGAACUCUGAUCUUUUGAAAGAUUCUAUUAUCUACUAUGAUGAAAGGAUGUUUGGAAAUCUAAAAAACGAGGUUUCAAAGCUGGAGAGGAUGAAUAAAGAUCUGGAGUUAUUGAAACAAUCACAGUCUAUAUGGGCCUUUGUUGGUUCUUUUAUUCUUCUUAGCAUUAGUGCCAUAGAUUUUUUUGACUUUAUUGCUAAAAAAAAUAGUAAUAUCGGCAUAGAGAUUGGUAUUAUUGUUACUGGUAUUGCUGGUUUUCUAUCAGAUGGGAAGCUAGAAUUAAAAGAGGUUCAUUUAUCGGUAAAGCACAGAAACACGAUGCUUUAUUAUCUUCAUGGUUUAGAUCCAGAAACAGAAAACUAG